AUGAAAGACCCGAACCCGCUGCAAGGCUGAUAAGUAUCCAUUCGAGCUUCCUCCUCCUGAUUCCCUACUGCGCGCAGGUGACGCGACUGUUGUUACAUUUUCAUGCUCCAGCUUUCGCUCCCCAGGAUAUUCGCGGCAUUCCAGACGGUUCUUCUAGCGCUACGGACUUCGCCGAUGGUGGUAGAUUCCGGCAAGACAGUUUGUCAGUACAGUAGAUGCGCAUUGCGUUUGCACCGAGAUCGAACGCGGUCACGGGACCGGGUUCCAUGUGGGCGCUUGAACGCGCCCUUCAUCCGUAUGCGGCGGCCCUUGUCCUGCGACGCGAGAUCCGUGGUAACCAUCCGCCCUUGUAUCGUACAGGCGACUGGCGCAACGCGACAACGGGUUGAACGGACGCGUUGUGCGCCACUGUGGCCUCUACUCUUGGCGUUGAUACAUAAGGCCAGUCUUGUUGGAUUCGUGGCUUCUUCAAAACUGCUAUCUCCGGUGCCCCACCACUUUGAAAACCUCGCAUCCCCUCCAAGUCUGCUCAAGUCUCGCACCUCACUACAAGCCAUCCAGCUUCCAAUCCUCACUACAGAAGGCACAAUGCCAUCCGUCUCAUCCCGCUCGUCUUCAACGUCGAGCACCGACUACCCCGUCCCCGCCAAGCCGACCUGGCUCCCGGAGAUCACGAGCGCGGCGGAGCUCGUCCACCUCGGCACGCUCUACCUCUCCUUCUUCCUGUACACGCACUGCCCGGCACGCUGGCUCCCCGAGAAGGUGCUCUCCGAAACGCUCACGAUCCCGCGGCACCUGCACCCGCAGGACACCGCGAUCCGCGCGUGGCUCUACGGGUGGGCGUGCUACGUCGAGCAGCACAGGCGCGCGCCGGAGGAGGUCGCGGCGGACAGCUGGCACUGGGCGAUGGAGCUGAUGUUCUGGCCGGGCAGGCCGCUGACGGGGAAGAACGCGGUGGAGUUUGCGUGGAACAGGAGGGUCAUCCCGCAGCAGCCCGGGUGGGUGCGCGUGUCGUGGUACCACUCGGUCAAGGAGAUGUUGCCCGACGCGCGGGCGCACCCCGAGAUGUACGCGCACCUCCAGCUGGAGCCCGACGGGAGCCUGAAGAUCGGGGACGUCCGCCGCAAGUGGGGCAUGGAGACCAUGGUCGUACGUCGCGUCCCCGCAUAUCCCCUCACCGACGCGCGCGCUGAUGCGCCACACUGUACGUGCAGUUCGUCGAGUGGAACCCGCACAGGUACUGCCUAUGGCCCUCCGUAGACGGCGAGACGAUCAGUCCCAUCGCGGUCCGGCAUC